AUGGCUAAUAAACGGUUAGAUCCCGGUUUUUUGGUGGGUAAGCAUUCGAAAUCUUUCAAAGAUGCUUUGUCUAGUGUUGAAGCUUCAAAUAGUUUUCCGGAUUUUCGUUUUUCUACGAUCCGAGGGUUGCCGGCUUUGUGGUUUUCUGAUGAAGAAUUUAUGCAUCUAGCCAAACCUUUUGAAUUUGCUUUGGUGGGGAAAUUUCCUAUUAAGCGUCCGGAUUUAGACUCUAUCCGAAAAUUUUUCUUUAACCUAAAAUUGUCCGGUGAUUUCUCUGUCACUGUGCUGGAUCAAUCAAACGUUCUGAUUAAGCUCUCGAAUGAUCUUGAUUAUGGAAGGAUUUUCGCUCAUCGCUCUUAUUUUGUGUUUGGUUGUUUCAUGAAAAUCAUCAAAUGGUCUCCUCUUCUGGAUUUGUCGGAGGAAUCUCCUAUCGUUCCUGUCUGGGUCUCUUUUCCUGGUCUGCGCCCGCAUCUUUUCUCCCCCCAAAUCAUGUUUGGUUUGGGAUCAAUCCUUGGUCGCCCUAUUCAAACUGAUAAUGCUACUGCUGUGGGUUCUCGACCUUCAGUAGCUCGUCUUCUUGUAGAAUUGGAUAUCUCCAAAUCUCACCCUGAUUCGGUUUGGCUGGGUCCGGAGAAUUUAGGUUAUGUUCAAAAAAUUGUUUAUGAAGGUUUGCCUAAUUACUGUUUACAUUGCAAGGCCGUGGGGCAUAAACGAACGGAAUGCAUUAAGCUUUUCCCCAAUCUUUGUCCUAAUGUCAAUGUUGUUCCCUCGGUGGCUGAUCCGAAUCUUAAUCCUGCUGGGACCUCAGUCAAGCCUAUUACUUCUAAUAUUUCCCCUCUUUCUGCUUGUGAUAUGGUUAAUGUUGAAAUUCCUCUUCAGUUAUUCAAAUUUAACAAGCGAAAACGUAAAUGA